GCAGACAUCGUUUCGGCAGUUUUCUCGAGCUGGCCUGCUCGGGGGUCCAUUUGCCAGAGCGUCGGUCGCUCUUCGAAGUUGCUCUUACCCAAAACGGUGCCACAGUCGAAAUCGGCGUCAUGUGGCCAGAAAACUACCUAUCAUAGGGCUUCUCGAUAUUCGCUGGUUCUAUACGGAAGAGGUGACUGCAGCCGCUGUUGCUUGUAGUCAGCAACAUGGCGUUGCUGUGCGAGCCCAAGCGUCCAGUGUGGCGUCCGCGCGUAUAAAGCUUCCGAUCAGCGAGGGAGAGCGAAAGAACUUAGUAGUAAAUGGACGUAAUCGUCAUUCAGCUGGGGUCCAUCAGUCUGCUGUUGGCUGCUAGCGCAUUGAUUGUCCAUCCCUCCGUCUGUUCGUUUUGCAAAGCUACAGAUGACAGCAGUUGCAACAGGCUUAACGAUAUAAAGCAUCGAAGUGAUCGUAAGCAAGAUGGAACUUUCACAGUUAAGUCAGAUGAAACUGGACGAUAGCUUGUCGACUGAUACCGGUGGGGGCAAUAGUUAUUCGUUAUUUUAAGUGAUAUUAGUGCUGUGUGCGACAGAACACCUGAAUACCGUGUACCAAUGCUGCUUUUGUAUACAGAUCGUCAGAUCUGGCUCCAAACUUAGAUGAGAAUGUAAUGCCUGUACACAGACGUUUCUGCUGUUAAAGGAUAAGGAAGUCGGUUACAGGUGAUGGGGCUGAACGAGUAGUUCUUGCGGUCAUUCUCCGCUGAACAUUAGCGUUCACCUAAAAUAAUAAGCGUGAUAUCGUGCACAAUCGAAUCUGGCAAACUAAUACUGCGAAUCGCGUUGAAGGUACGGUCAUCGUGUGCUUGUCUGUAUUCAGAGCCGAUAGAAACAGCCAAACCUUGAAGAGACUAUUGAUUGCGCUGACAAAAGCUUCGUCUGCUUUGUCUUAGGGAAGAGAAACAGCUGAGGCUUAGAAAAUCCUAUCAAGUGUCAGUCGAUCAAAGAUAUCUAUAUUUCUAUAUGAACGAGUGGAAGUACUUGUGUUGUGAGAAAUUUGUUCUCAUAGUUGUCCGAAGCAAGCGUUUAAUUCUACAGUGUUAUUCGUGUGUAUUAGCGUGCCGAGUGCAUGUAUGUAGUGGACUUGAUGCCCUGUAACAGAUUAUUUUUAAUUCCUAAUUUGGAUCAUAUUAAUCGGAUAUUGUGAGCGAUACUUAGUGCUCGACGAGGUGUGCCCUGAGUGUAGAACUGAAUCCGUUCUUAUUAUAGAAUUAUUAAGUAAAUUAUCUAGCUUUGUUUAGUAUAGGAGUUUUAUUAUUGAUUAAGACAUUUGUUUUUGGUGUGUUAAUGUCGCAAUUUUAUUUGUGAUAAAAAACAAGAUGCCCAGUUGUAUCUGAUGCGGCGUUCGACAUAAUCCUUUCGACAACGUCGGAUGUACCCACCUUAACGUGACACAAUGCAUAAUGACUACAGUAGUGAAAUGUGCUGCGACGAUCGUAUCAUUGUAAGCUACUAUCGAUGGCUUCAGAAUGGGCUUAAACCAGAAAAGAUCGAUGUCUCUUUGAUCACGCAUCUGAUUCUAGGUUUCUGCGUCGUGAAAGACGAUGGGACUAUUGGAGAAGGCGAAACUCACGGGGAGCGCAGCUACAGCGCGGUUGUGGCACUCAAAAAGAAAAAUCCCAAACUUAAGGUCCUCAUUUCUGUUGGCGGUGGGGGUAAUCAUGCAGGUUUCGUUUCGAUGGUAAAAAAUGAUGACCUAUUGAACAGAUUUGUGAAUUCGGCGGUAUCGCUGAUAGAACAGCAUUCAUUGGACGGCUUGGACCUUGACUGGGAAUUUCCAUCGGGGUCACGAGAGAAGACUCGUUUCGUGGUACUUCUCGAACAUCUUCGAGAUGCGUUUGACAAACAUCCAAUGAGACCGAUUCUCACAGUAGCCGUUCCAGCCCAGUCGCCCCUCGUCAAUAGUGGAUACGACGUACCGAAAAUUGCCAAAACCGUAGACCUGGUAUUAAUCAUGACGUACGACCUUCACAUGUACAAGUGGUAUUUGCCUUUUACGGGUCAUAACGCUCCUUUAAUGCCUGGUAAGAAGGAGUUCUGCUAUUUCAAGACGCUAAACAUACGGUAUAGUGCGAAGAUGUGGGCGAAACGAGGUGUACCGAAAAAAAAGCUUGUUGUGGGGGUCCCUACAUACGGCCUCACGUGGAAACUUCUAUUCAAAUGGUGGAGAGGUUCUUGGGCUCCUGCUGUUGGAAUCGGCCCCAACGGAGGGUACACAUCUUAUCCAAAGGUCUUGAACAUGCUCUCAACUAAUUCGGGUCGCGCAAAGUGGGACAAAAUCUCCCACACGCCGUACGUGAUCACCUCUGAUAAAACGUGGAUUUCCUAUGACGAUCAGGAUUCGAUACGAGCCAAAGUUAAAUUCAUCCGUGAAGCUCAGUACGCUGGCGUAAUGUGCUUCAGCCUGAACUGUGAUGACUGGGGUGGGGAAUGUGGCCGCGAGAAUUUCCCUCUUCAUAAAACAAUACAUUCUGAACUUCUGCUCACGGAUCGUCUUUGAGUAGCGGCCCCGACUUCGCUUGAGGGUUAAGCGAGCAUGGGCAAUAUAGUAACGUGGGCUAAGAGACAUCGGAGACAUUUUUUUUUAAUUUCGUAUUUAUUCGAAGGAAAGUACUUCUCUCUGCGAGAAGUUUCUUUCUUUUGACAGAUAGAAAAUACAAUAAUAAUGCGGUCGGAUGCGCAACAAAUUACACCCGAACCACCCACGUCAAAAAACCUGAACACGUUGUAAGGCUAACGUAAGCCGCAAAUCGAAAGAGCGUGCAAAAAUUACUCUAAUACUUACUUCAGGGCAUGUUGGCGGCAAACUAUCUAUUAUGUAAUACGUAAUUCACCCACUUGCCCAACUGAAAGCUCGAGCGAAAACAUAAUCUGGUUCUGUGAAGAAAAAUAAGACAGAAUGGAGAUGGUUAGAGUUUUUGCUGAGUUUCCUAGAUAAAAUAAGGACGCAAAAGGGCCUUCGGCGAUAUCUUGCAUCUGUAAGAAAGGCUUGAUGGCUUUAAUAAUUACUAUAUAUGUCGGUAGGUGAACAUUUGCUCGAUCAGUUUGAACUAGCUAGAUGUACAUCGAGCAAAAAAAGACUCGGGCUCGUUUUUAGCUUGAUACAAGCGUAUGUGAAACACUGAGAAUGAUAUCACAGGACUACGUGUAUCGAUCGUACAUUAAUAUGGAAUUUCGCUCUUUAUUUUUGAAAUCACUUUGUGUCAUUGUGAAGAUUUUUGUCAUAGGGCAAACACGUUAGAAAAGAUCAUACCGGUACGGUUUUUAAAGGAGGUCACCUAAUUAUGUCUUAAGUGGUUGUAGUAGAGUUUGAAACGAAAAACCAGAGGUUAAAGUAUGAAAGCGCAUAUAUGUGCAUUGUUUAACAUAAUAAGAGCCUAUAUGUGGCCAGUAAAAAUCUACCGAUUUAACUAUCGAUUUAACUAUUUAAGUAUCGACUUACUAGCUGCCCACCCACAUCGUUAUUAUGGUCAUCCAUAAGAUGCUACGUAUAAGGUUAUACAGAAUCUAGCCAGAACUGUAACAUACAGUAUAUUCUUCAAAUACUGCACUCUCUGGAUCUCGGAGAUUUCGGUAAAGUCGCAUGUUUGGAUAUGAUAUGAUUAAUGAUCGUACCGAGUAAUGGCAAAGUGCGUCAUAUCUUUUAUAUGCUUCAAUAAGAAACCAUCAAUAAUUAUAAUUCCAAUGUUUUCAACGACAUAUCGUCCAGUAACAUUUCUUGAAAACACUAAUAUACUUUCACACUCAACGGAUUUAGCAUAUAUGCGAUAUAGUGUGUUCAAUGUAUUAUGUACAUAGAGAAGCCAUAAUUCUACAGAACCAAUUUAUGUUAGCAACGAAAUGGCGGUUCAUCUUGUAACUUGACGCUCCCUUCUAUUGUAUUUUUCAUUAUUUUAUCUCACAUACGGAAAGGAUGCUAUUAUCAUUUUAUCCUUAUAAUCAUGGCGAAAUGCGCGUUCCUGCCUGCACGUAUGUAUACUAAUAGGUAUACAGCGAAAUAUAUACGAAGUGUCUAUUAUUCACAUAAACAUUUCUCAACUAUUUACUUUAGCCCCACUCUACAGGGUCUCAAUGUCCAUUAUAAGAUAAUAUGGUAAUGAUGAAUAAAGUAAACAACAAUGAAUGCUCGCUGUGAUUUUGGAAACGUG